CACGUUCUCCGUGCGACAUAAGCUCCAUACGCGCGGGUUCAGGCUCUUUGUGAGGAGGAGGCGGCGGCGGCAGAAUCCCAGCACACAGCACCGGACAGCGGCCUCAGCAUGGCAGACGACAAGCCCAAGGAAGGUGUAAAAACUGAAAACAACGACCACAUUAACCUCAAGGUGGCUGGUCAAGAUGGCUCAGUGGUGCAGUUUAAAAUAAAGAGGCACACGCCUCUCAACAAGCUCAUGAAGGCAUACUGUGAACGACAGGGUUUGUCAAUGAGACAGAUACGAUUCAGAUUUGACGGGCAACCAAUCAAUGAGACAGACACACCAGCACAGUUGGAAAUGGAGGACGAAGAUACAAUUGAUGUAUUCCAGCAGCAGACUGGCGGAUCCUUCUGAGACAAAGCUUUGCUUAUUCGGCUUCUCACCUGCUGCCUCCACAGUUCCACAUCCAAACUUUGUUCACCUACAUCCCCCUCCAUUCUUUACUGUACAUAAAUAUUGGGUGGGUGUGUGUCAUUCUAGGAGUUAAAUCUAUAUAUUUGUUUUGGUUUUUUUAUUUUGGCUUUUUUUCCCCUGACAACCAUCAAGUACUUUUGGACCAAGUAAAUGCUGAGAUGGUAGAUUGGUGUCUGGCAUAAUCUCACAAUCUGCUUUUGGUUUUCAUGUGCUUUCUCGUUUACUCUAGUAAAUUAUUUUACCUUUUUUAUCAAUCCACUUUUUUUUUUUUUGUUUAUCUCUGCAGCAGAUUAACUUUACUGUGAGUGGGUUAAUCUUUGCUGUUUUUUGUCCCACAAUUCUUUGAAUGUGCUUCUGGUUGUCGAAGAAAUCAAGGCAUAUUGAAAGGAGCAAACCUAUUCGAUUUGGAUUUUUUUUUUAUUUUUAACCAAUGAUUUUAUACCUUAUUUUUUGUAUGUAGCUGUUACAUGUAGCCAGGUGAAUAACUAGGAAAUAUAUUAAAAAAAAAAAAAAUACACAUUUUAGGUAGUUUUUCCCUUAAAGAUCUGACAUCUUGUUGUUUAAAUAAAUCUUGUUUAAAAUAAA